AUGAAAGCGACCUGUUUCAUAAUCACUAAGAAUCAGCGUUCGACUGAAAAGAAAAAAUUAAAGGCUUCCCUUUCACUCGAAUUAGAGCAUCGCAGUCGGUCAUCCUCCUCAGCAGAAUGUCGUUCAAGAAGUCAUUCAGUCAGCUCGAAUCAAGAUGAUUUCUGCGGCAUAUCGCCGCGUAAUCGAUUGGCACUCGAUAGUUCGUGUUUGCAUUGCUCAUUCAGUCGAAGAAAUCAAAGAAAACAAUUACAAGAUGAAAUUGAACGCGCCACAUCACGUCUUCGAAGAAAUCUCGGCGAGUUUCGUCUCGCAGCGGCAGUCGCCUCCAAGAAUGUCCAUGAACAACAGUCGACCAGCGUUAUUGAGGCACCAGAUAUUGUUAUAUCGUCAGUGAGUUCAGAAGAUGAUUUGGAUAAUUCGACGAAGUAUAUGAGCAAUGAGAUGGACAGUGUAACAAGCAGUAUAACAAGGUGCUAUUUUCCCGUAUGUUAUAUUCGUGACGUGGAGCGUUUUUUGAUUUAUAACUUCAGUUCCAUCGAAAUCGACUGUCUUUCAAUUACACCAUCAAGUUCGACAUGUCCAAGUCCUCAGAUUCAAACACUCGACAAUUACUUCAGUUUGGAAGCAUCAUCAAUGGAUUUGAGAAACUGUAUCGGAACGGGACUGACUAAAAGGGUGGAGUGUGGAGUUGCUUUGAUAAGUGAUAGAAGAGCACUGUUAAGUGCUGAUUUAAUUGCAACAUUAACGCCAACAGGGCUGCGUUCGAAUUCGAUUGAUCUGUCAACGUUAAGACGUGAAAUUGAAUGCUUGAAUGCUAGUUCAGAGGAGAGUUCCGAUAACGAAUCAAUCAGUAAUGAUUCUUUAUCGAAUACUCACGAUUCAACUCGUGCAACUCGUUCCCGUUCCUAUGAUCCUACUGCUUUACCACAACACAUUCUUAGAAGACCAAGUCGUAUUGAACAUCUUAGCGACUUGUUCAGGCGUGCGUUAGCCAAAUCGCCGAUGCUAAAGAGGACGGCUGCAAUGCAAGUAAAUGACGCGAAAAGUGUUUGUAAGCAUCGAACGAGUAGAUAUUGGCUGGAUGAUCAGCUUGGACCAGCCGAACAUAUUUGGUUGCCAUCUUCUGGUCCAGGAAGUGCAGCCAACAGCUCGCACGACACCGAAUGCUAUAUCGGUGAAAAGGACUGCGAAAAGGUGGGUGAAAAACGUCGUUGUGCAGCUUGUCACAUCGUUGCACAUACUGCGUGUUUUUCGCAUCUAUCUAAGAUGAAUUUGAAUUGCAAAAUAACAUAUCGCGAAGCAAUUUACAAGAAACAGUCGAGAAGCGAAGUGACCGAAGCGCUAAAUCGUCAUCACUGGAUACAUCGCUGGAAGCAUGAAGGUCGAUGCGGUCGUUGCGGUAAAUCAUUUCAGCAUCGAAUGUUCCGUGAUAAGGAAGUGAUCGCCAUAACAUGCUCAUGGUGCAAACGAUCAUAUCACAAUAAACAAGGCUGCUUUUCUGCUGCUUACUUAGAGGAGAGAUGUGAUCGAGGCGUAUUGAGCGAAAUGAUCGUACCGCCAACAAUGCAAAAUGAGCAUUCAUCUGUGUCAUGCUCAAGGCAUUUUCAGUAUCGUCCUUUCAUUGUGAAACCACUCGAGCCAUCGUUACCAGCACCAAGUCAACCACUUUUAGUGUUUGUAAAUCCCAAAUCCGGUGGUAAUAAAGGUUCUAAAGCGUUACACACAUUAUGUUGGCUGCUCAAUCCGAGACAGGUCUUUGAUAUCACCAGUAUGAAAGGUCCUAAAUAUGGAUUAGAGAUGUUCAGAAAAGUAAUUAGACAACUUCGUAUGCUUGUGUGUGGAGGCGACGGUACUGUUGGUUGGGUUCUCGGAACGCUUGAUCAACUUAAUUGGCCAACCUAUCCACCAAUGGCAUUACUCCCACUUGGAACUGGGAAUGAUCUUUCUAGGUGUAUGGGCUGGGGUGGAUCUUUUACUGAUGAGCCACUCAGUCAACUUCUGAAGGCAAUUCUACACGAAACAUCAAUCACUCAUUUGGAUAGAUGGCAAAUUGAUGUGGAGAGCUUAUCAACGAAUCAAAGCGAUCUCAGUGAGGAGCUCAAUGAAGCCGUGCAAAGCACAUUACCAUUAACAGUGAUGAACAAUUAUUUCAGCAUUGGUGCAGAUGCUCAUGUAGCGCUACAGUUUCAUCACUCAAGGAGUGCCAAUCCACAAAUGUUAAACAGUCGAUUAAAAAACAGAAUCGCGUAUGGUGGACUAGGAACAAUUGAUCUUUUCAAGAGAACAUGGAAGGAUCUUUCUGAAUUCGUGACUCUCGAGUGCGAUCAUCGAGAUUUCACACCGAAGAUAAAGGAAUUCAAGUUUCAUUGCAUUCUCUUCCAUAACAUCGCUUAUUAUGCUGGUGGUACGAUUCCAUGGGGUAACGAUGAUGAUGAAACUACGAGGCCAUCAAGCUGUGAUGGUAAAAUCGAAGUGCUCGGUUUUACAACGGCGACACUGGCUGCUUUACAAAUGGGUGGUAAAGGUGAACGAAUUGCGCAAUGCUCGAGUGUGCGUAUGACAACCACAAAACCAAUCCCUAUGCAAGUGGACGGCGAACCAUGCCUUCUUGCCCCAUCGAUCAUCACUCUUAAAUUCCAUAGCAAAGUUCCAAUGUUGAGACGAGAGAAGAAGGUAGUGCAUGCAUCGAAUCGUGAAGCAGUGAAACCGUUGUCACCAUCAGCAAACAGUCAACUAGCGUCAACUUCGUUGAUCAUGCAGAUGCCGGUACUGGUGAUUGGUCGCAAUGAUUUCAACACUUACAGAGAUGCAUUUGAAAGACUUAGAGACUCUGCGUACGAGAUUGGUGUAAUCAGUGUUGAGGCCGAAACAGAACUGAAUUUGAUGCGUCAUCAAAUACAAAAAUUAUUACAUGAGCACUCAUCUUUACCUUAUGAGCCUGGUGAUGAUUGGAGAUUUCUAGAUUAUGUGACGAACGCAGAAGAAGGAACAUUCCGAAUUGCUCGACACCAAGAACAUACGCACUCCGUAUCGGAUGUUUGUAAUUUAGAUGAUUGCCUGAUGAUAUUGGAUGAGCAUUUUCCAUCAGUCACUUCACGAUCAUCAAUUCUUGGCUCCGAUCUCACGUUCGAUUCCAGUGCAUCGACGGAUUCGUAUCGUAAAUCGUCAACACGUCGUAUCAGUGAUACGGUACGAAUCGUGCUCAGCAGUGACACACAGGAGACACUCCUCUGA